AUGGCUGAAAUUCGGUUACUCAGCAAAUAUUUAUAUUAUUUACAUCAAGAUAUUCACACAUGCGCAUCUGUAAGAAGCAAUUUUAUCACUGAAGCGGAAGCUAACUUAUUAAAUUUUAUCAACCAAAAACAUGCCAAAUGUUUAUACGGGAAAGAACUGUUUUUUGCAGGGAAAGAUUAUAUUGUGCAUUUAAGAGAUGUUCUUGAAUUUAAUACGUUCUUAGAAGUAUGUUGUGCAAAAUUAAUGUACAAUAUUACUCCAGGCGGCAAAGAGAAAUGUGGAUUUAUUCGCAUUAAUAACUUUGAACCUGCUGUGCCAUAUUGUGUUAAAGAUUACCAAAAAUAUGUCCCGCUCUUCUGCUUUGAAGGCCUAACAGAAAACCAAAAACAACGAGCUAUAAAAUUAGAAAACUGGAACUUGGCCUAUCUCAAGUUCUGUUUAAAGAUUAAGUGUAUGAUGAGAAAUGAGUUUUAUGCCAGUGAAUCUUGCACAGUGAUCAGCCUCGAUGACAUCAAAAAUAAUUUCCCACCCGAAACUAAUUUUGAGGAAUAUUGGCCAGCUCAUCUGGCUGAUACAUACGUCUUUCUUAAUAAGAAGUUUAAAAGUGUAAAUCCACAAGCAGGUGCCUGGAUCAGAGCACCCCUUGAAGUAGUACCUGCUGAAAAUACUAUUGCUCACACUUUAACAGCACCAUCACCAUUACCACCGAGUAUGCCAGUUAUGACGAACACAUAUCAAAACGGAUUGCCAGCAAACCAAAUGGGUUCAACGGUGUCUCAAGUCAGCAGUUUGGUAAACAGUGAGGGUCAUGUUGUACCACCACCGCCUUUAGUCCGUGCAGGCAAUACGACACCAGUAAUUGGUAAUACCGUCUCAUACUCCAACUCUGUACCUAUUAGCCAAUCUAUGAUACCUGUGUACAAUCCAAUGCUAAUUGACAAUGUAAUGUCAAAUGUAAUUGAAAGGAGAUUGACGAGAAUGCCGGAACAGAUGUGGUCAUAUUACACAUCUAAUAAUGCUGCGUACAACGUUAAUGAUAUUUAA